AUGCGGGAAAAAGACACAAUUACCACACCCUGUCAGAGGGAGAAAUUGGUACAGAUUUUCUGCAGGGAAGAUGGCAAUGGGGUCAAAAGCUUUGAGAGCUGUGACCUUCCUGUGUGGACCCGGGCCUGUCUGUCUCUGCCCAGGAGCGUGGGAGGCAACCAGACAUGGAUCACAGAAGUCACCCUGCUGGGAUUCCAGGCUGACCCAGCACUGGAGUUUCUCCUCUUUGGACUUUUCUCUCUCUUCUAUACCCUUACCAUUUUGGAAAAUGGAGUCAUUCUGGGGCUUUUCUGCUUAGACUCAAGACUUCACACCCCCAUGUACUUCUUCCUCUCCCACUUGGCCAUCAUUGGCAUGUCCUAUGCUUCCAACAAUGUCCCCAAGAUGCUGGCAAAUCUUACAUUUUUAUAUCUAGCCUUUGCUCACACAGAGUGCCUGAUUUUGGUGGUGAUGUCUUAUGACAAGUAUGUGGCCAUCUGUCACCCCCUACAUUACAUUGUCACCAUGAGUUGGAGAGUGUGCGUUGUCCUGGCCAUCACAUCCUGGGUGUUAAGCUUCCUCUUGGCUUUGGUCCAUUUAGUUCUCUUUCUGAGACUGCCCUUCUGUGGGCUUUAUGGAAUCGACCACUUCCGUGAAAUCCUGUCCGUCCUCAAGCUGGCCUGUGCUGACACUAGGCUGAACCAAGUUGACAUCUUUUCGGCCUGUGUUUUUAUCUUACCGGGGCCCCUCUGCUUGGUGCUGGUCUCCUAAGCACGCAUCCUGGUUGCCAUCCUGAGGAUCUAGUCAGGUGAGGGCCGCAGAAAGGCCUUCUCCACCUGCUCCUCCCCCCUCUGCGUGGUCGGGCUCUUCUUUGGCAGUGCCAUAGUCAUGUACGUGGCCCCCAAAUCCAGCCACCAGCAGAAGAUCCUUUUCCUGUUUUACAGUCUUUUCAACCCUGUGCUGAACCUGCUGAUCUACAGCCUGAGGAAUGUAGAGGUCAGUGGUGCCCUGAGGAGAGUGCUGUGGAAGGACAGGCCAAUGGGAAAGAUAUCGAAGUGCAGCAUAGGGGAGAGGGUUGUUUCUACUGCAAAGGAUCUCAUUAGGAAGAAAUUUCUGGGAACCAUUCUCCCUGUGGCGGUCGGACCAUGUGUUGUACAGUUCUCAGCUGAUGGAUCACUGUGUAGUUAUAAAUCUUGA